UUUUUCUUUUCUUUUUCCUUGCAAACAGAGCCUUAAAGCAGUUGAAGUUUUGGCGCUGGCGGGGCCACCGGUAACCGGUGGCGGAGAGAGAGUCAGAGAGAGAGAGAGAGAGAGAGAGAGCCGAGGCGAGUGAGUGGCCGUCGUUAAUGGCUACCCUCUCCUCCUCCCUCUGGUUCUAUCCUCUUCCUCUGCCCUCUCCACACCCUCCUUAUCCUCCUUCCUUAGCUUUCCUUCCCCGGCUACCUUCGAAAAGCCCUAGACAGAUUCGAUUCCUAAGAACAGUCGUUCUAGCUUCGUCAGCGGCUUCUUUCGACGAUCUCUCCUCCAAAAACGAAAAUCCACGCUCAAAGAAAUCAGUUCUCUUGAAUGUGAUACAAGAGAUAGAGCCUCUGGAUGCGAGCCUAAUUCAAAAAGAUGUUCCACUCAUGACUAUAGAUGCUAUGAAGAGGACUAUUUCGGGCAUGUUGGGUUUACUUCCAUCUGACCAAUUUCAAGUUUCAAUUGAGGCUGUAUGGGAACCUCUCUCCAAGUUAUUGGUUUCUUCAAUGAUGACGGGGUAUACAUUACGUAAUGCUGAGUAUAGACUUUGCCUUGAAAGGAACCUUGAUAUAUAUGAAGGAGGUACUGAAACACUAAAACCAGAAGAUUCAAAACCUGAAGGGCCAACAAUGUUGCUGGACGAUAAGAGAAGAGUUGAAUUAUCUAGAAAAGAUGAGAAAUCUGAAAAUAUUGGUGUUGAAGGUCUUGGGGAAAUCACUCCUGCAGCUCAACAGUAUAUUCGGAAUUUGCAAUCUCGUUUGUCUUCUGUGAAAAAGGAGCUUCAUGAAGUCAAGAGGAAAAGUGCAGCUCUUCAAAUGCAACAGUUUGUUGGGGAGGAAAAGAAUGAUUUGCUGGACUACUUGAGAUCACUUGAGCCAGAAAAGGUCGCCGAGUUAUCAGAACCAACAUGCCCUGAGUUGAAGGAAGCGAUCCACUCCAUAGUACAUGGUCUACUUGCAACUCUUUCUCCCAAGAUGCAUUCCAAGGCACCUCCAUCAGAAAACAUCUCAACCGGAAUUGGAAACAUUGGUACUGAUGAAGAUUGCAUUGAUCUUGUGGAGAAUGCAGCACUUCAAUACCAGCCCCUUAUUUCAUUGACCCGAGACUAUCUUGCUCGUCUUCUGUUUUGGUGUAUGCUGUUGGGACACUACCUGAGAGGCCUUGAGUACCGCGUGGAGCUUACAGGACUUCUCUCUCUUCCAAGCAAUGUAGAAAAUAGCGAAGCUAGUGAAAGGUUAUGAGAUUAUUCUAGGCGCCUUUUUCUCUAGCUGUUUGAAUGUUCAUUCUCUAAAUCCGGUAAAGUGUGCAUUGCACAUUAUUUGGCAUUCCUUCAACUAAAUUUGGAUUCCUUAAAGAAAAAAAAUAUAAAGAAAUAAUGCGCGAAAAUAAGUUGCUUGCUUGAUA